UCGAGUGUCUAUGUCGUGUGUGCGAGCCACACCUACGAGUCUACGACCCAUACCAAAGCCAAAACCCAGCGUACAGCGUUUAUACGUCCCCCAAAUUUACUUGCAUUUCAGCCUUCGAUUGUCAUUUGAGUGAGUGGCUCUCCUCUUACCUUCUCCAUCAACCCCUCUCUCACUCUAACCUGACCUUCGUCCAUGGAUCCUUACAGGCACCGCCCUUCAAGUGCUUUCAAUUCUCCGUUCUGGACCACAAAUUCCGGUGCUCCGGCUUGGAACAACUCCUCUCUGACUGUUGGAUCCAGAGGUCCACUUUUGCUUGAGGACUACCAUCUGGUGGAGAAACUUGCCAACUGUGAUAGAGAACAAAUCCCAGAACGUGUUGUCCAUGCUAGGGGAGCCAGUGCAAAAGGUUUCUUUAAGGUCACCCAUGAUCUAUCUCACCUUUCAUGUGCUGACUUCCUUCGAGCCCCUGGAGUUCAGACACCUAUCAUUGUGCGCUUUUCCACCAUUAUCCAUGAGCGCGGCAGCCCUGAAACUCUGAGGGAUCCUCGUGGUUUUGUGGUACACCCAAUCGGUUCAAGAGGUUAAUUUGGCAAUAAUUGUAAACAGUGCAAGUAAUUUUAAAAAGGAGAAGGGACGAGAAGUUCAAGACAAAGAAAUGAAAUUUUCAUUCAUUCAUUCA